GUUGGCGUCUCCAGGGCGCAGGCGCGAGGACGGCGCGUCGACAUUUUCAGGAAGUCGCUGGGGGCCCACUGGGCAGUGGGCGACGCGGUCGGCGGCCACGAGGCCUCCAUCAUGGCGACGGCGAGCGCGGCCAAGCUCCUAGGCCUGUGCGAGCUAGCGGCGAAGGCCGAGGAGCUCGGGAUCGGGGUCAACUGGGCUCGGCAUGCCGCCCCGCCGGCCCUGGCGAAGAUGCGGCAGACGCCCUUCGGGAUCAAGGCGUCGCUGCUCGAGGAUUUCCGCGGGCAGCUGCACGCCCCCUUUGUGGCGGAGGAGCCGGCGGUGGACCUGCUGCUCACAGCCCUCGGGGUGCAUUCCGACGAGGGUGCAGACGGUGCUGAGGCCUACUCGACGGAGGCCGCCGAGAGGGAGCAGGAGUCCAUCGGACUGCAGCCGUUUGACAUCGUGCACGUGGACAACGGCGGCGACAGGAAGGCUGACUUGAUGGAGCUCGGCGACACCGUCCCGCUCGUGAGCACGGUCGAGGGAGAGGAGAUGGACUCGGUCGCGCUGGAGAUCGAGGACGAAGACAUCGUCGCGCCCGUGGUUUUUGGCGACGAGCUCGACGAGUGCGAGUUCGGCAUGCCUGCCCUCUUCGAUGGCGAGAUGGUCAUCGACGACGAGCUGGACGCAGGCGCUGGCGCAGAGGCCCCAGAAGAGGCCGAGGCGCCCAAGCAAGAAGCAUAA